CAAACCAGGAUUUCUGAUACAGGGUCAUCCACAACUUUGUUCAACCAAGGCUUGAAAGCCUCCAAGAACAGAGACUCUCUUGCUGAUGACCGUAUGGCGCUGGUGUCAGGGAUCAGUUUAGAUCCAGAAGCAGCAAUUGGAGUCACAAAACGCUUACCUCCCAAGUGGGUUGAUGGAGCAGACGAAAUUCAGUAUGAUAUUGCCAGGGUUAAACAAAAAAUGAAAGAAUUAGCCAGUCUUCAUGAUAAACAUCUGAACAGACCAACACUGGAUGACAGCAGCGAAGAAGAACGGGCAAUAGAAAUCACAACCCAAGAGAUCACACAGUUAUUUCACAGAUGUCAGAGAGCAGUCCAGGUCUUGCAGAGCAGGUCACGUAGUUGUACAGAACAAGAAGCACGUGUUCUCAGGAAUGUAGUGUCUUCAUUAGCACAGUCCCUUCAGGAUCUAUCCACCAACUUCAGGCAUGCACAGUCUGACUAUCUCAAACGCAUGAAGAAUAGAGAAGAAAGAUCCAAACACUUCUUUGACACCUCAGUCCCACUGAUGGAUGAUGGAGAGGAUGAUACACUUUACGAUAGAGGUUUUACAGAUGACCAGCUAGCACUGGUGGAACAAAACACGUUAAUGGUGGAGGAGCGGGAACGGGAAAUCCGACAGAUCGUACAGUCCAUCUCUGAUCUCAACGAGAUAUUCAGGGACCUGGGAGCAAUGAUAGUAGAACAGGGAACGGUUCUAGAUAGAAUUGACUACAAUGUUGAGCAAUCAUGUAUGAAAACUGAAGAGGGUCUAAAACAACUACACAAGGCAGAGCAAUAUCAAAAGAAGAAUCGGAAGAUGCUUGUUAUUUUAAUUUUGUUUGUCAUAGUAAUUGUCCUCAUUGUUGUUCUUAUUGGUGUAAAGUCACACUAGGUUUCACUUCAUUUUUCUCAUUUUUGGAGUUUAUGUGAACUUUUUUCCCCAAUGUGAACGGAUGGACCUGCACUCCAGAAAGCUGCCUUUGAAUGUAUAAGCCCUUGUGGUGCAAAGUCUGUGCAAUGUUUCUGUAGAAUUCUUCAGAGUACAAGUUUGAUG